AUGAGGCCAGUAAUUUGUGUUGAUGGAAGUCAUUUGAAGGGCCAAUAUAAGGGAACACUACUAGUAGCUGCAGCGCAAGAUGCUAACCUACAAAUAUAUCCUCUUGCGUGGAGUGUUGUCGAUGGGGAAACAAAUGCAUCGUGGUAUUGGUUCUUUGCAAAGUUGAAAGAUGUCAUUGAUGAUUCAAACCAGUUAGUGUUUGUGUCGGACAGGAAGAAGAGUAUUAAGCAGGCAAUUACGAGGUUGUUCCCACUUUCUCACCACGGUGCCUACAUCUGGCAUAUCGAGAAAAAUCUUAUUGCUAGGUAUAGCAGUAGCAAUGUUAUCUUCUUAUUCAAGCGGGCAGCGCUAGCAUACCGCAUAUCGAAAUUUGAUCAGUUUAUGACACAGAUAAGAACCAUUCGACCGUCAAUGGCAUCUUACUUGGAACGUGCCAGUAUAUCCACCUGGUCACGGGCACAUUUUGUUGGUAAUCGUCCUAAGGCGACAAAGAAGUUUCCCUAUAGGUUCUACGAGAGAAAAAGUGCAUCCACGAAAUGUAGUACGACUGUGACACCAAAAAUUGAUGAUGAAUUGAGAAAAUCAUUCGACGUCGGUGCAACUUUACCAGUACGAAAUUUGGACGAACUCAUUUUUGAGGUAGGUAUAGCUACCGAACUUUGUACUGUCGACCUUAUAGGUAACACAUGUUCAUGUCAAGAGUUUCAGAUGCGACAAAUCCCAUGUUCACAUGUAUCCCGAGCUGCUUGCGCAAAAGAAAAAUCAUCGUAUAAUUUGUGCUCCUCUUACUACACUACAGAAUAUUGGCGAGCUGCGUACAACGAAGUUCUUCACCCCGUUGGCCGAGAGUCAGAUUGGGUUGUUCCUCAGUCUAUUCAUUCCGUCGAAGUUUUGCCCCCGAAUAUACGUAGAGCACCAGGUCGACCUCCUACCCAACGUCAACGGUCAAGAACUGAAAGAUUGACGUUGAGACGAAAAUGCGGCCGAUGUGGGGGUUCUGGACAUAACAGGCAAACAUAUCAGAAUUCGACAUCUUUAAGUGACACAUAUACUUGA